GGGAAACUGAGGCACAGCGGCUGCAGCCCUGCACAGGAAACACGUCUGUCCCCCACACACACCCCACGGGACACCCGCUCCCUAAACCGCCCCGGGAAAAGCGGGGCGAGCCGCCUUGGGGGGGCUUUUCUCCCCAAAAGCACCAGAGGGGAGGAUGGACAGUGUUUCGGGAGGGGGAAAACCAUCCCGGGAAUGGGGCUGGGAUGAGGCUCCCCCCACAGCGAAUAACCCGGGGUGACCUGUGGUCUCGGUUUUUGGUGGGCAAAAGGGGAAUUUUCCUCUUUUUUCCGGCCACCCUGAGGUUUCCAGCAUCGCAGGGACUAACACUGCCAUCUACCGAAACAGCUCCCGCCAUUAUUAAACUCCUCAUAUUUUUAUUUUCCCCACCCAAAAGAGUUUCCCACCUCUUUAGGGACACACGAAGCCUCCCAAACAAACCCCCCGUUCUCCCUGUGGAGCAAUGCCAGCUGCCCAUCCCCAGGGCGUCAGGCCUUAUCCAUCGUCCCCCCUCCCAUAAGGGUCCCCCCUGUGCUCCUGGGAAUAUUUUCGGGUCCCUUUUCGGGUCAAGGCUUUGUGGCCACUGGCUUUGGGGGCUCAACUGCUGAGUGGGGAAAGUGAGGCACAGCCUGAGCCCCAUCCCAUCCCUGCACCCACCCCGCUCGUUAGGCUGGGCUGGGCCCCACCUGCAGCUCGUUGGGCUCCCAGGGUAUUUAAAGGCCUUUUUUAAUUAUUUGCUCCUUUUUGGAGGCAGCACAGGUGGGGUGAGGUUGUGCUGCAGGAUUUGUCCGCUUUCCUGGGUAUGGGGGAGGCCAGCGGAACUGGGGGGCAUCCAGUGGGGGUCCUGUUACCCACCCGCCCCGAGGUGCUGGAGGGGGUGCUGAGCCAACGCUACGGCCCCCUGCCCCGCGCCGCCGCCAUCGCCCGCCUGCGCAAGCAACCGGCCGGGGGCUACCAGCCAGCCGGGGACCUGGCGGAGGUGCUGGAGCGACGGCAGGCGGCCAACGCCAAGGAGCGUGAGAGGAUAAAAAACCUGAACAGCGGCUUCUCGAAGCUGAAGACCAUCGUGCCCCUCAUCCCCCGCGACCGCAAGCCCAGCAAAGUCGACACCCUGAAAGCCGCCGCCGAAUACAUCCGCCUGCUGCGCCUGGUUUUGGAAGAAACGGGGGGCUUCGAGCGGCAGGACACGGGUGCUGAGCAGGAGCUGGGUGACAGCGGGCAGGUGCCCCGGGGGGGGGGCCCUGGGACCUGGCCUGGCAGUGUCCCCCCCUGCCCCUGGGGUCCCCCCGUCCUGCCCCCCUGCCUGGGGCCACCGCAGGAGAGCGGGGGGCUGGUUUUUCCAGCCAACCCCUGAAGAGCCGGGGUGUCCCCCUGAGACCCACGGGGGACCCGGCGUCACCCCCAAAUUCCCUGCUCGAGCACCGAAUUUUGGGACCAUGGUUCCUGUCCCAGGGCAGGCUCCAGCCCCCAGCACCCCAACCUGCCCUGUCCCCAAAAUGGGGGGGUACAGGGGGUACAUCCCCCCUAAAACGCGGUGGGGAGGCGAGAGCAGUAAUUAAUUGUAAUGACGAGGCAAUUAGCAAUUGGUGCUGCCCCUUCCCCCCGCCGGGUACCGGUGUAUUUCGCGUGACCCCCCAUUAAC